AUGACUGCAAUUUUAUUAUCGGCCAUAGAGAUCCUCAUCAAACCUGCUGAAUCUGUAGGCGAUACUCAAACAUCUCAGGAGGAGGCGCUGCUCUCUGCUCUCCAGGCCAACAGGAGAUGCCUGCUGCAGCACUUGGACUCUGAUCCAGGUUUUUCCGAGGUUAGGAGGCUUAGAGAUGACGCCUUACCCAAGGAACAUUGGUUCUCCAACGACAGAGAUGAUGACCAGAGUUGGAGUUAUGUUCAUGAGUGUCUUCUCUUGCUGCUCGCACUCACACGGCAUCUCUCUUUGGAGUUGGAUUUGUUCAGACAAACUCCUCCACAGGUCAACAGAGUGCGCACUCCAGAGGCUGCUCCUCCUUUACCCCCUGAUGUUCUGAGCGUGUCCCAGCAAAAGACAUUGACCACUGCCCUUCAGUUCAUCAUCUCCCUGGGGGUCUGUCCGUAUCUGGCUCCAGGAGUUGGGAUACCCCUGGCUCAUCGGUCUUCUUUUGGAGCAGUGGUGGAAAAACUGACCAGAAACAGGACGGAUAAGACUCUUGGACAGCAACGCCUUUUCACUGUCACUAAUGUCCUGUUAAAGAUGGCAGAGCUGUCUUCUUUAGCGACACUUAUCUUCACACGACAUUUGGGCGAUGUAAUGGCAGCACUGUGUCAGCUUGGGUACCAGCCUCAUAAAAAGGAAAAGGAAAUGACCGAAGAGGCCAAGCAUUUGAAUACUGAACAGCAGAGAAUGUGUCGUGAGAAACUCAAAAGCCUUAUUGGAAGGGUUUAUCAGCCAAUCGUUAUCAAAGAGUUGCUGAUACUUCAAGGUAGCAAGUCUGUUGCAGUGGGGGGGUGCACUCCAGCCUGGCUCAGACGCCUCUGUGGUCAGUUGCUAUCAGAGCGCCUCAUGCAGCCUCAUGGAGUCCAGGCAGUGGUCAGGGCCAUCUUGGAGGGAACAGGGGCAGACUCUGACUGGAGGAAAUGUGAUGGCGUGGCAAAAAUCUUGAUCUUGGACAUGCUACAUUUCAAAGACAAGCUGACGGCUCAACAGUUUCAGCGAGUGGCAACUUCAGCAUUGCUUGCUCUGGUGGCAGAGAAGAGCUCUUUUGCUCAGCAGUACCUUCUAACUCCUAUGUUUGCACCGAUACGUCGCUGCACUUCAUACAACCCGAGCCUAACUCCUGAUGAAGUGACUGAAUGGGAGCUUACACAAUGUAUAGAAGAUUUGUACAAAGUCUGUGUUGUGGGGAACCAGCCUUCACCUCCACUCCUCACAGCUUUACAAGAAGUUUUACCUGUUAUUUUUACUUUGUUCUGUUUUACCAAGCAAAAUGUAUCACAUCUACGUGCUCCCUGUCAAGAGAUCCUGCUGUGGGGCUUGAGUCAGUCUGAACACGCCACAUCUCUCACUAUUCUGAGGGAACUGUCAGGUCUGAAAGCACAACAACACAAAGCCGCUCCAGGAUUUCACUUUUGUCCUGGCAGUGAUGGAGGAGUGACACUUAAAUCAAGGGACAACUGCAGUGAUGAAGAUGAUGCGCUGUUUGAGAAGUUGUCUGGUGAACAGUGGAGACUAGAGUGUCUAUCCGAGCUCCUAGCUCAAAUCAAAGACAAUGAUAUACCUGGAGACUUCUUCUUAGACCUGUUGCAGGAGCUCACAUGUUUUGCUGCUGAGGUCGAUGAGGAGGAGCACAAGGAGCUGUCAGCCAUGACUCUUCUAGAGGUGGAGCAGCAGGUGCUGUCCCGGACGGAGCAGAGAGCCCAGAGGCUGGCUCUGCUGCAGGUGCUGGCUGUAAUGGUGGAGUGUUUGCCUCAUACUUCUCUGUUGAGGAAAACCACACAGGUGGUGGAUUUCAUAUUCUCUUUGCUCCAGAGAGCCUGUGUGGGCCUCUCUGUGGACCCCAGCUCCAGAUGUGAGAAUCCAGUGGACAGUCAGACCCUGAGCAUGGGGAUGGGGCUGGUGGCCACGCUUCUCUCUGUUCCACAGGUGAGCGCAGAGGACUAUCGGAGCAUGUCACGCCUAUUAUCAGCACUGGACACACUGGCGCAGCUUCAUCCAGAUGUUUUCAUCCAAGAGUUGGCCUCAAAUCUCAAAGCCGUGAUAGCCACACAUGGAGCCGUUACGCCAGAUGACCUCUCCACUGUACCCUCAAAACAGAAACUAAACACCAGCAAUACCAGCUCCACUUCUGCCAGGCCUGGUUCAUCAAACCAGGUGCCCAGAAAGCCACCUCUGUCCUCUAAUGACACCAACAGAAGUAUUGACUUUCCAGUGAAGCCUCUUUCUGAUUGGAUCUUGGAGGCCUGUGAUCCAGAUGUACCAACAAAAACAUUUGCACUAAGAGGCCUGACCCAGCUGGUGCAAAGAAGGGAUCCAGAGACGCUUCAAGCUCAAGAUAAAAUCCUUGUGCUUUUUUUAGAAAAUUUGGAUCACGAAGACUCAUUUGUCUACCUCUCAGCUAUUCAAGGUUUGGCUCUUCUGGCUGAUGCCUUCCCCCAAAGGAUUCUGGAGCGGCUGCUGCAGGACUUCCAUGGAGGCCCUUCUCGGCCCACAUCCAACAAGGAUCGCUCCCUGGAAACACGGCUCAAAGUGGGAGAGGUCUUAAUGAGGGCAACAAGAGCCAUGGGAGAGCUGGCACCACAUCUAGGCCGGCCAUUGUUGGGGGUCUUUCUGCAGAAUACCAAGGACUCGGACCACAGCAUCAGGACCAGCAGUCUGUCCAACCUGGGAGAGCUGUGUCAGAGACUGGACUAUGCUCUGGGGCCGUUGGCUCAGGAGCUCAGCACCUGUUUGACGGCUCUCAUAAAGACUGAGAAGGAGGCGGAAGUGAGGAGGGCUGCAGUUCACGUCAUCACCCAACUACUGAAAGGCCUCAGCGACAAAACCACACAGGUCCUUGCUAACGUGCUGCUGGAGUUGUACCGCGCCUUGAAGUGGGUGGUGCGCUCCGACCCAGACAGUGUGGCGGUGCUCCACGCUCAAAUCGCUCUCGAGGAACUGGACGAUGUUAUGAGAAAGUUCCUCUUUCCUGAGCAGAAACUGGAAAAGAAGAUUGUUGUCCUCCCUUAG